AUGGCAGCGACACUGAAUAACGGUGACGCGUCACACGCGCCCAUUGAGGUCUCCUUUCCGCUGCCAAAAGCUCCGCAUACGAACAUCCACCUCCAGCUUACCGACAAUGGCCCUAACUUGCUGCUGUUUCUCACCUCAGCUUCCCCCGAAUCACCGUCCGCGUCCCCUCUAGGGUCUUUUGUGUACGCUAUGCCAAAUGCAGCAUCACCAAGCAACACUCUGAGCACACCACUGUUCACACACGGAGCUACUCUCGAUUUCACGACACGACUCUCGAAAUUACUCGCUCGCAAAACAAACAAGCCAGCUUAUGUAGGAAAUUCCAUAAGCUUCGUCAGCACUGGUAUGGGUGGUACGGUCGAGGAAGAGAUGGAAGGCUUUCGGAGAGUUGUCGAGGUCGUCAUGGGAUUGCUCGACAAGGAAAAGGAUAACGGGACCGCCUCAUAG